AUGCUGCGAAGUUGCCGUGCCUUUCGAUUCCGCAUGAAGUGCGGGAGCAUGUACAUCGACUACAAGAUCAUGUCCCGCAACCAUCGUCGCUCGAUUCGCGUAGAGGAUGCCCUAGUCGACCCCCUCCUGCCCACGACGGUAGUGCCGCUACAUUGGUUGGAACAGCUUCGGUGCCCAUCAACGCGCCUUCUCACGGGCUACCACACGGAGGAGGCGGUGUAUGCAAAGCCGAACUACGGCGAUCGUGUGAGUCGCACUCCUGCGCUGUUGUCUUCGUCCGAUGCGGCAGCCAAGACGGCAGACAACGGCGCUCACGCCAACGCGAUCCGGGCGGGGCCAGUGGUGCUCUACAUCACUGGACAGAGCAUCCCCGUAGUGUUGAACCCUCUUUUCGUGCAGCCGGACGAGUGGGGUCUCACUCCGCUGAACGGGGAAUGGGACCUUCGCAUCGGGAUGGAUGCCAUUGAGCAGUGCUCCCUGUACGCCGAGCUCCGCCCGGGUGGGCUGCUGUAUUCGAAGCUGCCGCACGCAAGCCUCGCAGAGGCGAUGGAACCGGUUCAGGACACUCUCAAGCGCUACGGCAUGAGGUGCGGGUUGGCGGAGUCGCCGCUGGUGCCACGACCGUGGACACGCAUGCGCUACAUGUUUAUUGAUGAGCUGCAGCGCGGACAAAAGAUGACUGAGUUCGUAGGGUACAACCCGCGCAGCGGGACUCAGUGGCGCUUCUCGCAGCACACAAAGUACUUCCGCACGGGCAUAUGGCGCGAGACCAUCCGCCGAAACGAGAUGAACGAUGGACUGCACGCGCACAGCAGCUGGCAAAAGUCGCCGCAGCAGGCGGUUCCGGAGAUUAGCUUUCUCGCACCCUACCCGUAG